AUGACCGAAACGCCUCCUUCGCCCGAAUCGGCUCCCUCUGCGCAGUGGCAGAGAAUCACCAAAAAAGUGCUGCGACUCAUUCUGCACCAAUGGCUCCUCAUCGGAAUCGGUGUCGCAUGCGUGCUGGCCUACUUCUUCCCCAACGUGGCCAAACACGGGGGCGUGAUCCGCUCAGAGUAUAGUGUUUUGUACGGCGUGAUCGCCAUCAUCUUCCUCAUCUCGGGGCUGAGCAUUGAGCGCCGGAAACUGUUCCUGCAGCUUCUGAACUGGCGGCUGCAUCUUACAGUGCAAGUGACGUCGUUUCUGUUCAUUCCUGCCUUGAUCGAUCGCGCCGUGUUAGCGGGUUACAUCUUCACGGCAUGUAUCCCGACGACGAUUGCGUCGAAUGUGGUCAUGACCCGAUCGGCCGGAGGGGAUGAUGCGGCGGCGCUGGUGGAAGUCUUGAUUGCGAAUAUUUUUGCGCCCUUUGUCACUGCUGCUUGGACGGUGACAUUGAUCCCCAGAACGCCGGAGUUCGAUAGUUGGCGGUAUGGCGGUGGGAACCUCGGGAGCAUGUACAAGAAUGUCUUUCAGCAGCUGGGAUUGAGUGUCCUGCUGCCGCUUUUUGUUGGGCAGCUAGUGCGAUGGACGUGGCCGAACCAGACGGCGAAAGUGUUGGCGAAGACGAAGCUGCCGAAAUUGGGCAGUGUGUGCAUGCUGCUUCUAGUGUGGACAACGUUCUCUUCAUGCUUUGCAACAGGUGCAUUGCAGACCCUUUCCGCGCCGAGUAUCAUAUUUGUUGUGCUGUUCAACCUUGCUCUCUACAUCUUCCUCACUGGAGUCUGCUUCAUAGUUUCUAGGCCUCCAAAGAUCUUAAUCUCCCAUCCUUGGGUCGAGCUUGUUUUCACACCUUUGCCGCCAAAAGAGACCAUCGCGGCCUGUUUUUGUGGGCCUGCAAAGAGUACAGCCUUGGGGAUCCCCCUUCUCUACGCCAUGUGGGCCCCGCUUGAUCUGUUCGUCAAGGCGAAGACCUCCGUUCCGGUCUUAUUAUACACCACCGAGCAAAUUUGCGUCGCUCACUUCUUUGUUCAAAUAUUCCGCAAAUGGAGUGCUUGGAUAGAGAAGCGAGAAGGAGUCCAGACUGCCCGGGGAGACGAGGCUGCGCCUGGCCCCGAGAUGUCGGAGCCUCCCGCAGGUGGACCUCUGGAUAUUGAACGGACGAGGAAUACAUAA